AUGGUCAAAUUCCUUGAUGUCAACUCCAGGGGAAGUGAGAAAAGGAGUGACAGUUCCGGGUCUCCUCGUUUUGUGCCUCAGAACCUCCGCGAGAGGGACGACAGCUCUGAUAAAAGUGAGGACAAGCCUGAUUGGGAGGGUGCUGGCCGAGAUGCUCAUUGGACAGAUGGCAGGGCGCCGGAGCAAACCUGGGCGAGUGGGCGGGCGCCACCGGACCACCACGGGUGGCAACCGCGUGAUUCGCACCGAUCCCAGCUCGAUCCACGGGACUUCGGUGUCACAUGCAACAUCUGCGGCCAGUGGAUCAAAAGCAAGGACCCAGCCGUCUUGAAGUGGCAUCAGGAGACCAGCUCCCGCUGCCAGCAGAAGGCAGCUGAGAGAGAGGGCCGAGAGGGCACCAACAGACGGAGACGAGAGGCGAAGGCACAGUGUCCGAAGUGCGGGAAGUGGGUCGCCAACAAUGACAACUCGAUGUGGCAACACCAGGAGUAUGGCGACUGCAUGGCUCGCCAAGCCAGACAGACCAAGCGCCCAGGAGUCCACUUGAGAGAGCGGUCCCCGCCCGCUUGGGAUCGUGAUCGUGAAGACCAGCAUGAGGGGCGCCAUGAUCGUGAAAGUGCACCUCGCCGGGGCCAUGGUCAAGCCAGUGGCAGUGGCCGCUCGAGGGAUGCAAGUGAGGACUUCCGCAAGCUCCAAGACGAGUUCUGCACCUUGGACGUGGAGGCCAGGAUCGGUCGGGUAGAUGAAGAGAAGAGUUUGCUGCAAGCCAUUGCAGACAAGAUUUUGUGGCACAUACCAGCACCCGCCAUGCUAGCUGCUGGACGUACCAAUGCAGCAGCAAAGCUUCGUGUGUUCAGCCAUGCAUUUGGUCUUCUAGCUGAUGGACGGCCUAUGUUAGCAAAGCUUCUUCGGUCCAUCGUAUCUCUACACACUGACUAUGGUGCAGAGGCUUUGCUAGCAAAGACAGCCAGCAGUUCUUUGACGGAUAUAUUGCCACACAUGCACCUGCCACCACAACAGCAGGGAGAAGUCCCUCGCGACCAUCCGGACGUCUUCGUUGAUGGUGAUGCAGUCGGGCCAUUGUUUGAUGAUGAUCAUAUUUUUGCUGAGGAAGCCGUUCCACAGCCAGGGCAGGACGACGAUGUUUGCGACUUGUCCAGGUGGUGGAAGGAAUUGUACAACGACCGCAACGUGUCCCGUGACCACGGCGGAUUCCGUGGGGCUGAGCAGUUGUAUGUUCCGGCUCACCGGAUGAGACUCAAUGAUCGUGAACAUUUCGUUGAGAACAAGAUUGUCGAAGGAAGCAACAACAUCGCAGCACCAUGCCAGGAAACCCGGCAGAUGCUUUCGAAGCACUUGCAGCGCCAGGACGUGUCGUUUGCUGAUGCGCAUUUUGGCAUGAACGAGAAUCAGCGGGGAGAUGUCAAGACCGGUGCUGCCGGUGCUAAGCGCCAGCCCACCGAGGCAUCAGACCCAGAGUACGACACCCCCAAGAAGGAAAAGGCCGUGGUCCUCGACCGAGAAAGGCCGGCUCUGCAUCGCCAAAUGGAGUCAGGCAUCAACAAGCUCCGCACGGACCUCAACAAGUCCCUGCAACUCACCGAGGUCACCGCUGAGAAGUACCGCCAGCAUCCACCAGACCUCCUCGCUUCCGAUCGGGCGGCCGUUGCAUAUAUGCGCACGUUUCAGUGGAGGCUUGAAGCCGCGGCCCGAGUUGCAGGUGACCUGAACGAUAUCAAGAUUCUGGUCCCGGAGAAAGUGCCGAAGUCCGAGUCCGAGCCCGGCCAGGCCGCCCCGCCCACGCCAGGCUCAGCGAUGACAGGACACAGCCAGAUAGAGGUCACAGACUUGAUCGCCAUGAAGAAGAAGAUGCAUUUUGUGGAUUUUCUGAAAACUGAGAGAGUCAAGGAGUCCCAGUUUUGGCCUGGGGAAGCAGAUGAUCUGUUGCCAAUCUCUAGGCUUCGUGAGCUUCAAGAAGACGUCUUGAAUGCCACCGACGCCAAGAGUUUCAUUGAAAUGAAGCAGCAGUGGCAGAAAGCUGAGAAGGCUAUCCAAGGCGUUGCCAAAGGAUUGAAGCAGAGCUCCGACGACGUGAUCAAGCAUUUGAAGUCCACGAUUGCAGCACGUGAUCGUGCCGCAAAGCGCAAGCAGACCCAGGAGGAGAAAGAUGCUUUGCAUAAAGUCAAACAAGAAGCUGCUGAGGCUGUGGCUGAGAUCAAGAAGAGGCGGGUGCAAGCGCCAGCGGCUGAACCCUUGUUCACGGCUGACAUCGCUGCCAACACCGUGACGGAGAAGUCUGAAGGUGAGGUUAAAAAGAUGUCCGACGCUGACUGGCGCUACCCAUGGGUCAUCAAGGCUUCAGAAGGCUUGAAGCUGUGCAUGGGUGAGAAAACACUCCAGAACACGCUGGCAUCUUGGGGAGCCCAGUACAAGCGAACACUUGCGCAGACCAAGACACCAUGCGUCACCUACCCGCUUGAGGAGAAGCAGGGCAAGGAGUGCUUUCUUGAGGCCAUGGCCUUGUGGGUGGAUAAGGGCCUCGUCGAUCUGAGCUCGAGCAGUGUUGCCGGAGGUGGAUCGUUCCACAAGUCUGUGUGGAUGUAUGGUUGCAGCAACGACAUGAAGACUUUGGCCCACCUUCCAAAUUGGGCCUGCAUGCUGAAGGUGUUGGCAAGCGGGGACGUUCGACAUGUGCUUUUUGAGCUCGAUUCCACCCUUAAGGCGCUGUAUGACAUGAAAAAGAUUACGGACCUUGACAACAUCAAUGCGGCCCUCGAGGCAUUGAAAGCCUUGGACACGGACUCAGUCAAGGAUCUUCUUGCCAAGAAGGCUGUGGUCCGUCAGAUCAACCUGCUCAAAAAUGAGGUGCUCUACAUCCCACUGGGGUGGCUUUGCUUGGAGGUCGUCAAGCAGUCAGUCCAUGUCUACGGGAUCCGCAAGUCCUUCUUCCUGUCCUUCCAAGCGGCAGCUUAUGAGCAAGCGAUCAAGAUGACAAAGGCUCAGGGCAGAGACGUGCAAAGAAUGGAGCAGAUUCAUAAGCUCAUGCAAGAGCUUCAAUCAAGCUUGCAAUCGUAG